AUGGCGGCGCCCGUACGUGGUGUGUCGAGCGGGAUGGAGGAGAAAGCGGGGCCGUUCCCGGGAUUUCCUGACACCGACAGCUUUGUGAAGUAUGCUCUGGGAAAGGUCGUCACCACCACAAAGUCAUCUACCGGUCUUCCACAGUCAGUCUGGAGAUGAAUUUGACUUCUAUCGCAGCUUUCCUGGUUUCCGUUCCUUCUGCGAAACACAGGGUGACCGACUGCUUCACUGCAUGAGCCGGAUUAUGCAGUAUCAUGGCUGCCGCAGUCACACCCGGAUCGCAGUAAUGCCAACGCCCUGGAAAACAAGAUGGAAUUGGUGGUGGAUGCUAAUGACGCCAUCCUGGAGAGAGUGGGUAUAUUGCUGGAUGAAGCUUCAGGGGUGCACCGUAGCCAGCAGCCCAUUCUGCCUGCAGGUCUUCAGGCCCCAACGACAAUUUUCUCCAGCUGGAACCGACCGAGCUAUGACACACGCAAGAAAGAAAAGACACAGAUAUUCCGUCUGCUACAUGCCAAGAACAUUCUUCGACCACAGCUGAAGUUCACAGAAAAAAUCGACAACUCCAACACCCCUUUCGUCCCAAAAAUAUUUAUUAAGCCCAAUGCUCAGAAACCGCUUCCAGAGAGCUCUUCCCCAGUUCUUAGGAAUAAACGGGAACAGCGACCUGAAGACCUGGACAUCCCGGCAGCCCUGGCAGAUUUUAUCCACCAGCAGCGAAUGCAACAGAAUGAAGAUAACGUGAUGGCUCACCCUUAUCAAUAUGAAUUGGAUCACUUUAAUACUCUGGAGCAAUCUAUGGAAAUGCCAGAUAUACAGCCAUUCCUACCUUUGACCGACGUCCCCUUUCAUUUUAUAACUACACUGGACGAGCUUGUAGUGCUGAAUGAGAAGCUGUUAAAAUGCUCAGAGUUUGCUUUGGAUCUGGAGCACCAUUCGUACAGAAGCUUCUUGGGCCUCACCUGCCUCAUGCAGAUCUCUACCCGCACUGAGGAUUUUAUUAUCGAUACCCUCGAUUUACGUGGUGACCUUUAUAUCCUCAAUGAGAGUUUCACAGAUCCCUCCAUAGUCAAGGUCCUGCAUGGUGCAGAUUCUGAUAUUGAGUGGCUACAAAAAGACUUUGGCUUGUACAUUGUGAACAUGUUUGACACCCACCAAGCAUCUCGCUUGCUGAAACUUGGUAGAAAUUCUCUAGAUCACCUCCUCAAACAUUACUGCAGCAUUGAGUCUGAUAAGAAGUACCAACUGGCCGAUUGGAGGAUCCGCCCAUUACCAGAGGAGAUGAUCAAGUACGCCCAGAUGGACACACACUACCUGCUGUACAUCUACGACCGCAUGAAGAUAGAUCUUCUAAAUGUUGCCAACGGCAAACAGAACCUUCUGCAGCUGGUCUGGCGAAGGAGCACGGAGAUCUGUCUAAAGAAAUUUGUGAAACCGAUCUUUACAGAUGAAUCUUAUCUGGAGAUUUACCAGAAGCAGAAGACACACCUCAACACACAGCAGCUUUCAGCCUUCCGUCUUCUGUAUGCCUGGAGGGACAAGAUGGCAAGGAAGGAGGAUGAAAGCACAGGGUAUGUCCUGCCCAAUCACAUGUUGCUGAAAAUUGCCGAGCAGCUUCCCAAGGAGCCACAGGGCAUCAUCGCUUGCUGUAACCCAGUGCCACCUCUUGUGAGACAACAAAUUAAUGAAUUAAUACUGCUUGUUCAGGAAGCCAGAGAGGUCCCGCUACUGAAGUUGUACAAUUUAGUGAGUUACUCUGUGUAA